ACCCCCCACUUAUUUAAUAGCAGCACCACCUUCACAAAUCAACACGCACUAUUACAACUUCUCUCUCUAGCUCAGAAUCUGAUUCUUCUUAUCAAACCCUUUUUGUAGCAGAGAGAAAUGGAAACAGGCGGAAAAAUGAAGAAAGGUGCUGCUGGAAGGAAGGGAACCGGUCCGAAGAAGAAACCGGUUUCCCGGUCAAUGAAAGCCGGCCUGCAGUUCCCCGUCGGUAGAAUCGGUCGGUAUUUGAAGAAGGGACGGUAUUCUCAGCGAGUCGGAUCCGGUGCUCCAGUUUACAUGGCUGCUGUUCUCGAGUACCUCGCAGCUGAGGUUCUUGAAUUGGCUGGAAAUGCUGCAAGAGACAACAAGAAGAACAGAAUUAUUCCAAGGCAUUUGCUACUUGCUGUGAGGAACGACGAAGAGCUGGGUAAGCUUCUUGCUGGUGUAACAAUUGCACAUGGUGGAGUGAUACCAAACAUCAACCCUGUUCUUCUUCCUAAGAAAUCCGAAAAGGCUGCUGCUGCAGAGAAAUCCCCCAAAUCCCCGGCAAAGGCGACAAAGUCUCCUAAGAAGGCUUAAAUCAUAAGUUUGUUUAGAGUGUCCAAAGGGAUUUGUUGUUGUGCAGGAGUUUGAGUUCUUGUGUAUGUAAUUGGGAUGUUGAUGUUAGAGUAUGUAGGGAAAAAAGGCUGUUGUUUAUAACUGGAUUAAUCCCUUUGUACUACUUGUUUGACUGUUUUUCUUUAUUAGAGUUGUCUUCAUUUUGAAUUAAAUUGAAAAAACUAUUGCUGCUUAGUUU